GGGGUCGAAUCGAACAAGCAACCGAGAAUUAAAAUACGAGAUGGAGUAAAUUAUACAGCUCCGCUCUCUCCAAACCUAGACCGACCUGGUGCUGCAUUGCCGCAUUCUUCCUCCUUUCAAUCCUCUAGAGCUUUUUCGGUCCUCGUUUACCAUCGUCUCGUAUCGCAUCACCGCCCUGCAAUAUGAGAUAGUCCCUCCCGGAGUUGUGUACACCGCAACAGCAGUAAAAGGGCCUUGGAUCGCCUCACUUUGCGCUGCUCUUCUUCUGUCUGCCGUCCUCCAAGGGAAGCGGGAAAAAAAACGACUCCCUCCAUCCACUCCUUUGGACCGUCCUCUCGCCUCGGCCCCGCGCCUCCCCUCACACACAGCCAUGAUUCUAUCAUCACUACAAAGCCCGCAGAACCAGCGGAAAUGCGCGCUGAUGAGCGUCGGCACUCUGCUGGUCUUCGGGCUCGUCUUUUACACCCAGAAGUUCUACCUGGCCGCGGCAACGGAGAACGCUUUGCCGCAUCGGGUGUACAAUGAAGGGAUGCAGCCGGACAACAUCCCCAAAGACUUCCCGGGCCUGAUAGCGCAAUUAUGGAAGCCGACGCUGCACCCCAUGAACGACACGCACUUUGUCACCGACGAGGGCUACCGAUACGAUCUCCCAGAGGGUGUCCACCGCUGGUCGGGGCUGGGCAAGAAGUUGCUCAUCCUCGACGUCGACACUCGCAUGGAGGAAAAGGACGGUGACUUGAUGAACACACACCCGAUGAAUUACAAGAACAUGACGGGAAGGACUGGCGGCUGGAUGAACCACCAACUCUACGCCAUGAUCCACGGAUACGACUACCGCCUCGUCCGCGCGCCCACCUACGAGGGCCGUCACGGCACCUGGGUCAAGGUCCCGAUGAUCAAGGAAGCCCUCAAGACGCACGACUUUGUCGUCUUCCUCGACGCCGACGCCGUCUUCAUGUACCCGCACAUGCCCUUCGAGUGGCUGAUGAGCAUGUGGAACGUCACGACGGAAACCCUCGUCGCCAUGGCCGAGGAUCCCAACGCCGGGCGCAACCGCGACCACAACGGCUGGGUCAUGUGGAACACGGGCUUCAUCAUCGCGCAGCAGAGCAACCGCACGCAGGAACUCUUCGACGUGUGGGACAAGUGCCCGACGGGCGAGCGCUACAAGGAGUGCGGCCACUGGGACAAGGACUGGGCGCACGAGCAGGCAGCCUUCAGCAACCACGUGCGGUACGACUACAACGCGACGGACGAGCUGCGGGUGAUUUCGUGCAUGGACGGCAACGGCGCGCCGUACAUUGGCGACAAGAAGUGCGGCGGCGUCUUUAUCCGCCAUCACUGGUUCCACAAGCACCUGACGGUGCGGAACCUGAAGGAGGCCGUGCUGGACUUGUUCAUGCGCCGGAUGCAUAGCAACUUCCACGCCGAGAAGGACGAGUACUACCUGGACGCCCACCAAGAAUCAUACCCCUUAGAUUUGCACGUUUAAUCACGGGUCAUUAGCGAGACCUGUGUGUAUAGUUAGUGUUAGAAAUUAAUAAGUUCAAGUACCCUGGAUUCCCUUCCCGCAAGUGGAGUUGUCCAGACCGGGGUUAUUUGGUGCGAAAGGGUGACGGCUACCGGCACCUUAGGCGGUGAUCCACUCCGUGUAACUGGUGGAUAGCGUGCCGACGUGCCGUUGCCGAAGUGCCAUGGGCCAAUGUGAAGCUGCUUAAGUCAGUACACUUGUGACCCUGAAUCAGGUACAUUAAGACGUUG